UCCAAUCCCCCCUGGGACUGCCAGCCUCCCGGUGAUCUCAGCUAACGCCCGGCCGGCGUUGGUCCACAAUGAAGCUGGAUCACCACGACCAGAUGUGGACCCUGAUAGGUGAAAUUUUGUGGGACAUCUUGGUUCUGCUGGAUGAAAAGGCGCUCCUGGAGCUUGGAACCUGCACACGCUACUUGUUGAUCCAGUGCGAGCGCCGAAGACUUCAAGUCUUCCUACACCAGGUCAAGUCCCCAGAGAAGCGCAGUGCAGGCAAACUCCGACUGAGCGACGAUGGCCACGUCAGCCGAAAGCUUUGCCCACCUCCGAAGAGGCUCCUGCGUGUUCAGAACACCCGCAGUGUCCAGGGAGCCUUGAUGAAGCUCUCACGCGUCGUGAAGGACGAAGACCAGCUAGUCAUCAGCAGCAUUUUGCCAUGGGUGGAGUGUGGCGAUCAGAGCACACGCGCUUGUGCCCUCCGCGCCGUGGGCCGCGUGUGUCGCUUUGGGCACAGCAAGGCCGUCUCUGCGCUGAUGCGCUGCAUCCGCGAAUCUUCCUUGAACGCUGCGGCCAUGUUGGAGUUGGGCAAUACCUUGCAGCGACUGGUGCCAUCCAACGAUCCGGACAUUCUCAAAGAGAUCUACCAGCUCUUGGAAUCGAACGCCUUCCCAGUGCGGCAUGCAGCGCUGCAGGCCUUGCCGCACGUGUGUGCCAAGGGAGAUGAGAAGGCGCUGGAGAAGAUCCUGGCGCGGGUGGAUGACAAGGAUGUGGAGAUUCGAGAGGAAGCCAUUCGAGCCCUGGGCAAGGUGGCCAAUGCAGACGAUCAUCGCGCCCUGAACUGCAUCAUUCGGGGCCUGAGAGACGAGUCCAUCUACGUGCGUCAAGCCGCCUUGGAAGUCAUGCCCUGAGCGAAGCCAUGGGCGUCGCAGGCCAUGGCGGCUGUUGUUAUUUCAGGGCCAUGGGAAAUGGGA